AUAAUUUAUAUGUUGCGGAAAAAUAACGUUGCAGUAUUCAAAGUCUUUUUUCCUGAAAAGUUUCCAUAUGUUGAUUUUAUGCAAAUUAAUACAUUUGCCAGUGCUUUUUCACGAGUAAACUUUCUCGGACUGUUUGAUGAUGAUGCCUCUUUGUACAACCGUUCGCGAGAGAUAUCAAUAGGUAUUGCGAGGGUAUCGGGCCCAUCGCUAGUCGCGGGGUCUCACUUGCCGCUCGAAGCGUCGAAUUCCACAGCGUUUACUCAUACGAAAGAACGAACUCGAAGACUUCUCGGGGCCGGAGAGAAACUUCGAUGGCGGAAGAGAAGUGGGAGAGUGGUCGGGCGAGAGAGAGAGAGAGAGAGAGAGAGAGAGAGAGAGAGAGAGAGAGAGAGGAAGAGAGAGGGAAAGAGAGUAACCGAUGGUUUCCCGUUUAAUCGGCCGUUGAUUCUAACUGAGUAUCAUUUGAUUCGAUCUAAUUCUAUUAAGCUUUCCAAAACUUAACGGAAAGACUCAGAUUCAUUGAAAAAUAUAAAAUUCACAUGAACGUAAAAAUAAAAAGUAAUACAAAUGUAUAAUCUAAACGUGAUCUUCAUUAAAUCCAAAAUCCAAUAUCUUCGAUAUUUGGCGCCAACCGCAGGACCGUGCCAUCACGACGUAAGCACCAUCGACGUGAACUCCAACAACACCCACCACCACCAUCACCACCAUCACCACCACCAUCAUCACCGCGGACACAACCAGCACGACCAUCGGCCUCAAGACCGAAUUCCAUCGUCCUCCUCGAUGUCUACCUUGCUAUGCUGCGAGCCAGUGUCGGCUGGCCGGCCUCGGGCCAAUCUGAAGCUCGUGCUGAACCGCAGCCUGAGCGAGCCAGGACCGAGUCCCUGUGCCUUCCCAGCACCGCCGGCGGCGUCGCCGAUCGCCGUUAACAAUAACAACAAUAGCAACAACAAUCCCACUGAGCCGCCCUCGAUAGUGAUCAACGAGGAGGCGAACGGCGACGACGAAGACGACGACGUCCACCGUCGUGGCUUCCACCAUCUCCACUACCAUCAUCAUCAUCAUCAUCACCAUCUCCACCAUCUUCACCACCAUCAGCACCUGUCAGUGACCACAAAGCGUUGCAAACUGGAGACUGUCAGCCUGCCUACCAGCCCCUGCGCCGAGAACGGCCUUCAUCGCCAGCUAGUGCUAAGCAAGACCCGCGUCAUCACCGCCGACGACCUCGCCCAGCGUCUCGUGCAUCUCGAACGACCCUCCGCCGUUCCGCCAGUGAUUCUGGAUUGCAGACCGUUUAUACUUUACAACGUCAAUCACGUACGCGGUGCCAUUAACGUCAACUGCUCGGAUCGCUUCAACCGACGCAGACUACAGCUGGGGAAGGCCACUCUCGCCGAUCUCGCAACCGCUCGCGAGAGCAAAGAGCUGCUCAGGAAGAGACAGUUCAAGGAAGUCAUAGUGUACGACGAUUGUACCGACGACCUGGAACACUUGCCCGCUCAGCACCCGUUGUUCCUGGUACUUGCUGCACUCGUGGACGACGAUCGGGAGCCGGCUCUGCUAAUCGGUGGACACCGGGAGUUCCACAAGCGGCAUCGAGACCUAUGCGAGGACACGCUUCUGCCGAACGGCGCGGCCGCCGCUGCCGCUGCCGCCGCCGCCGUCGCCGAUCCGUCGACGACGACGGUGAGCGGCUGCACGAGUCCUGGACCGGGUUGUCCCGUGCUGAGCAUCUCCGGCCCGCCGACCCCGCAGCCGGCCGACAUCGACAGUCACCCGGCGUCCCGCGUGCUGCCGUUCCUUUACCUCGGUAACGGCCGGGACGCCGCCGAUCUGCAGCUACUGCGCGCCCUCGGCGCCACCCGGGUGCUGAACGUCACAUCGCAGCUGCCCGGCUACCACGAGGAACGGGGUAUCACGUACAGGCAGAUACCCGCCUCGGACUCCGGCCAUCAGAACCUCAAGCAGUACUUCGAGGAAGCGUUCGAUUUCAUCGAGGAAGCGCGGAAGGCUGGAAGCAGCGUGCUGGUGCACUGUCAAGCUGGUGUGUCGCGCAGCGCAACAAUCGCGAUCGCUUACAUAAUGCGGCACAAAGGCCUGUCGAUGGUGGAGGCGUACAAACUGGUGAAAAACGCGCGUCCGAUCAUCAGUCCGAACCUGAACUUCAUGGGUCAGCUGUUGGAGCUCGAGCAGGGCCUGCGGGCGUCCGGUGACGUCGCCAACUCCGCGCCGGAGGAGCCCACGACGGCGACGACAACGUCAACGACGACGACGACGUCGUCGACGGCAGCGACGACGACGGGCAGUUGUCAUCAGUGCAGGUGGAGUCAUCAGCCUAACAGCGAGGAGGUAGUCACCUCCGGCUGUAGCGUCUGAGACCGGGCAUCUCUCUCGUAUCUUCUUUUUCCGGCCUCUUUCGAGAGUACCGGAUCGUCGGCGACGGCGUCGGUGCCGCAAAGACGCAAACAUAUCCUGAGAGAUCACUAAAAGUGAAUGUCGACGUCCUUCCUGCGCCUCUACGCGACAAACCCGGACGAAUAAAAACGUAGUUCGCGGGAUUGGAUCGCCGAGAUCGUCUGAAGAUACCGGAUUCAACCGUACGAAGAUUCUGCAAGCAGGAACAAUGAUGCCCACGGCGUCCUUUUUCACGAAAUCCCGGAAUGCGGAUCUGCGGAAUUUUCGGUUUUUCCAAUCUUCGCGUCACACGACAUUUGACUUGUCGAGUUUUUCACCUCAGGCUCUUCAGCCUAGAAAUUAUUGGCUCUUAAGUCUUUUUUUAAGAAUUAGUACGUUUUUCCCCCGGAUUCUGUGCCUUCGGGACGACCAUUCAAUUAAAAAUGGUGAAGUCAAACUGCCGAACUGACAAAUCGCGACUUAUUAAGGGACUCGAAGGGACACAAAUGUGUGAAGAAGACACGUCGUAUUUUUACGAAAGAUGAUUUAUCUCUAUGGAUGAUUAAAUUAUUAUUCCUUAUUAGUGCCACAUACAGAAAUUAGUCCAUAUGUCCUACAUGCAAUAAUAAAUCAGCUCGAAACGUUACGAAUGCGAUGUAACUUCUUCAUACGUAUAUCCAGGAAAAAAAAAGAUAGUUACAGGAAGAUUCUCCACUGCGGAGAGGCGUAAAGUGGCAGGGAGCGUAUUUCACGUGAGAAGAAUUCGAGCACGCUCGCUUCCAGCUUCGAUAACGAGCAGCAGCGCGUCGCGAUUAUUUAUUUUCGAGUGACGUUCGCGCGAACGGUGAACAUAACUUGUACUUACGACACACAGUGUUCCAUAAUACGCCUGGUCGAGUCGAUAGAGAGGCAAGUGAAAACAUGCAGAAUGCUCGCCUACGAGCUUCUCAUUAAACGGUUGACUGUCGUCUGACAUUGUUUAUGUAAGAGGAAGCGAGGGAGGAAGAUACGAAAUAUCGGAGGAAGUAAUUGUUCCAAUGAUUAAUUAUAGGCAGCUUAUAACAUGGAAAUGAAACUCAGGACAAAACAUUGAAAAUUUAUUCUCAUAAUUUUGAGAUUGAUGAAUAAUCGAUUAUUAUUAGAGAUCUAUAAGUUUCUAUUAUUGAGAUAUUAUUUAACAUUAGACAUAUGUACAUUUCACAGUUUGAGCACAUGUUAAUAUAAAAGUUAACAGUAUAUACAUAAUUAUUCCCAAAUUAGUUAGCCUCACUGAUCUUACGCGACACUUUAAACAUC